AUGGCCAAUAAGCCAAAGGCUCAGCUAAUUAGAAAAGGAAGAACUCUGAGCUGUUCUGUGAAUCCAUCAUCAUCUGGUUGGAGUUAUUCUUUUUACAGAGGAGAGAAAAACGAUAAACUGCUGACAGUGAUAAAUACUGAUUAUCAUUUGAAUAGAGAAAUUAAAGAUUCUCAGGGAGGAGUUUACAGAUGCAGAGGAGGAAGAGGAGAACCAGUUUAUUACACAGAGUUCAGUGAUCCAAUCACUGUUGAUGACAGAUCCAGACUGACAGCAGGAACAACAACUGUGUCAGUGGGAGACAGAGUGACACUGAGCUGCUCUGUGGAGAAAUCUGCUGGUUGGAAAUAUGAGUGGUUCAGAAGAACCUCACACACCUCUGAAUACAGAAUCAAUGAUGGAGAAAAUGGAAACAUCAGAGUCUCACAAGGAGGAAUCUACAGAUGCAGAGGAUCUAGAGGAGAAUCAACGAUCUACUCUGAUAAAAGUGAUGAAGUCACCAUCAGCAUAACCUUUUCCAACAAAGUGAGUGUGACCCAAAAACCCAGCUGGUCUCAGAUGUUCAGAGGAGAGACGAUCACUCUGACAUGUGAGGUUCAGGGAGGUGAAGGAGUUCAGUGGGAGUAUGAAUGGAGAACACCUCAGUCACAGACAUUCAGGACAAACAGGAAAGUCUGGACAUUCACAGCUUCCAUCAGUGGAGACUACAGCUGUAAGAGCAGAUCCACAGAUGAUUCCUAUUCUGGAACAAAGUGGAGUGAAGCUGUCAGAGUAUCUGUUUCAGACCUCAAACCAGAACCUGUCCUGAGAGUGUCUCCACGGUGGUCGAGUCCUGGAUCCUCAGUGACUCUGAGCUGUGAGGUUGAACAUGUGUCUGCAGGAUGGAGCUUCUACUGGUAUAAAGCUGUUCCUGAUCUAUCACACAAGUCUGGCUCUUACAGCUAUGAGCUGCUGCCUGCUAGCUCCAAUGGGACUGCAGACAACUCCUACAUCAUUCAUGGACAGACACACACAGCAGGAUAUGUGUGCAGAGCUGGAAGAGGAGAGCCACACGUCUACACUCUUUACAGUCAACCUCACUUUGUCUGGUCUGGAGAUCUUCAUCCAUCAGCGUCUCUCUCAGUGAGUCCUGACAGAGUCCAACACUUCACCUCUGACUCGCUCUCACUGACCUGUGAGGGAAACUCUGCUGAGUGGAGAGUCGGCAGCUUUCUGCUUCCUGACUUGCUGUCAUUCUGUUCUGACUGGGGAACAAUGAAUGGAUCAACAUGUCAUGUUCAGAAGAUCCAGUCCAGUAAUGCAGUGUUCUGGUGUGAGUCUGGAUCAGCUUUCAGCAACGCAGUCAACAUCACUGGACACAAUGAUGAUCUGAUCCUGCUGAGUCCUGUCCAUCCUGUGACUGAGGGACAUUCUGUUACUCUUGGCUGCAAGUGGAGGACAGAAAAUCUUCUUUCUAAAGUGUUUUUCUAUCAGAAUGACACAUUAAUCCAAAGUGAGAGCAGAGUGGAGAUGAUCAUCCCUGCAGUGUCAAAGUCACAUGAAGGCUUCUACAAGUGUCAGUCCUCAGGAAAAGAAUCUCCACAGAGCUGGUUGGCAGUAACAUCAGCAUCCAGACCUGACAGCUCUUCACUUCCUGUUCUGUUGAUUGUUGGACCAGUUUGUGUUUUUUUACUGAUGAUUUUCCUGCUGAUGUUUUAUUUGUACAGAAAGUCAAAAGGUGAGAUUUUUUUCUUUAAAAAUCAUUUUGAUGAUUAUAUGAUUUCUCAGUUUUGCUGUUCAUCAUAGAAACAUGUGAUGUUUUCAUUUACAGAUUCAAGCUC